GAAGAAUAUUUACAUGGAUUGAUUAGUUUGAUUAAUGAAUUGACUAGGUUAUCAAUUAAUGUUAUCAGUUUAGGUUUCUUUCAAGUUCCGAUUGGGAUUUGUGAGUUUGUUAAAGAAUUGAGUAAUGGGUUUUCGGUUUUGAAUUUGAAGAAUGAUUCGUUGAGAAAACGAUUUGAUUCGAUAAAGUAUGAUUUAAAAAGAUUAGAAGAAGUUGUAUAUGAUAUCACACUUAGAGGUUUA